AUGUUCUCCUUGGCUGGGAUAUUGAGUCUCCUUUCAGCUCUUGCAGCCACAAGUUACGCUCUCUCGUGUACGGUGUGUACUUCUACUACAACCACGACAUGUGCUGGAAGCAGUGUGACUUGUCCUGUAGGAUAUCAAUGUGGAUCCUCAUACACAGAAACCACGGCUGGUGGAUCUAAGGUUGCAGUACUAGUCAGGUCGUGUUUACCUUCGUCCCAAUGUAAUGUCGAAGGCAGCAUGAGCGUUCAGCUACAAAAAAUCCGGAUGGUCACUUCAUGUUGUGAAACUGAUGCCUGUAUCCCUGCUAUAUCUGACUUCCCAACACAAAGCUCUAAGCCCAAUGGAGUGACCUGCCCAUCCUGCGUAUCUGUUGGCUCUGCCUCGUGUUCUACUUCAGAUACCAUACAAUGUACAGAGGAUGAAAAGAUGUGUCUUCUCCAGACAACAGAAGUAAUGUCACGAUGCCGGCUGGCAGGAUCAACUUCACUCUCAACAGCCCUUCGAGGGUGCGCAACAAAAUCCAUCUGUGAUCUCGGCAGCCAGUCCCAAAGUGUUGGCGGUGUAACAACUGAAGUGAAGUUCAUCUGCACCAGCGGUGGAAUAAGCGUCCGUACAGUCGUCCUGACUCCGGCCAUUGUGUGUCUUCUGCUGCUGAAAUGGUUCUUCUAACUUAGCAGUUGUUUAGGAUCCUUGAAUAUAUGUGCCCAAAGAAAAGGAGAAAUAUCUGUGGUAGAGAGUAUUUUUUAUAUUUUGAUUUGUUUUAAAGGAGUACUCCGCCUACAAACAUCCAACAAUCAACGUGCAGCAUCCAGUAAUCUAAACAGAAUGUUUAGAACGCUGGGUUUCCACUGUGGGUGACGUCAUGUCACGCCACAUCCCUCUCGUGACGUCAUACCACAUCCCUACGUUCAUGUUUAUGGGAGGGGGCAUGACCGCCAUCACGCCCCCUCCGGUAGACAUGAAUGGAGAGGGCGCGGCGUGACGUCACGUCUCCCGCCGCGGAACAUACUGUUUAGAAUGGCGGGUGCUGCACAGAGAUCGCUGGGGGUCCCAGGGGCAGGACCCCUGCUAUUAGACAACUUAUCCCAAUAUCCUUUGGAGAAGGGAUAAGAUGUCUGUGGGCAGAGCACCCCUUUAAAUAAAUCUUGGCAGGAAAACACUCGGGCACGAAAGUAAAAUAACAAGUGUCUCUGGCAUCUAUUGAUUUUCACCCACUUGUAAUUUUGCCCUCAUUUUGGAAGUUGCUUUAAUUGAUAAUUGAAUAAUAAUCUGUACAAUGACCUCCUCUCCGACUUCCACAACA